GCUAAUGCUUAGCACCCCGGUCAGACUGUAGCGAAAGAUCUGACUGUCAGACAGGAUGCCGUUCUCCGAGCUUUAUUUCAACGUCGAUAAUGGGUACCUUGAGGGGCUGGUCAGGGGAUUUAAAGCUGGAAUUCUGUCUCAGGCUGAUUAUUUAAACCUGGUGCAAUGUGAGACCUUAGAAGACCUGAAGCUGCACCUGCAGAGCACAGACUAUGGCAGCUUCUUGGCCAACGAGGCAUCACCUCUCACCGUGUCCGUCAUUGACGACAAGCUAAAGGAGAAGAUGGUUGUGGAGUUUCGUCACAUGAGGAACCAGUCAUAUGAGCCACUGGCCAGCUUCAUGGAUUUCAUCACGUACAGCUAUAUGAUUGAUAACGUCAUCCUGCUUAUCACGGGAACCCUUCACCAGCGGGCCAUCUCUGAGCUGGUGCCAAAGUGUCACCCGCUGGGCAGCUUUGAGCAGAUGGAGGCGGUGAACAUCGCUCAGACUCCAGCUGAGCUGUACAACGCCAUUCUGGUGGACACACCCCUAGCUGCAUUUUUCCAGGACUGUAUAUCUGAGCAGGACUUGGACGAAAUGAACAUCGAAAUCAUUCGUAACACACUCUACAAGGCUUAUCUGGAAGCAUUCUAUAAGUUCUGUUCCAACCUGGGAGGGACCACAGCUGAUACCAUGUGUCCCAUCUUGGAGUUUGAGGCUGACAGGAGAGCCUUCAUCAUCACCAUCAACUCCUUUGGCACCGAGCUGUCUAAGGAGGACCGUGCUAAGCUCUUCCCUCAUUGUGGGAAGCUUUACCCAGAAGGCCUUGCUCAGUUGGCCCGGGCUGACGACUACGAGCAGGUCAAGGCUGUGGCGGACUACUAUCCUGAGUACAAGUUACUUUUUGAGGGUGCUGGCAGCAACCCUGGUGACAAAACGCUGGAGGAUCGCUUCUUUGAACAUGAGGUGAAACUGAACAAACUGGCUUUCCUCAAUCAGUUCCAUUUCAGUGUUUUCUAUGCCUAUGUCAAGCUGAAGGAGCAGGAGUGCAGGAACAUCGUCUGGAUCGCCGAGUGCAUCGCCCAGCGGCACCGUGCCAAGAUCGACAACUACAUUCCUAUCUUCUAAGAUCCCUCGCACUUUUAUUUUCUUUCCUUCCAGACCCAUGUCAUCCAGUCCUUUGGCUCAGUCUGUCCACUCCCACCUUGGUGUUAAAUGAUCUGCUGCCUCCAUGCUAAGCAGCCUCCACUCGUUAUGCGUUAGCGUGAAUUGACCCCUUUACACAGGUCAGUAUCCAUUGAUUGGCGUUACACUGGUUGUAAUCAACUCAUUGUAUGUUUAUGAGCCUGUAAUGUAAACUUUAUUCAUGGUGCCAGGUUGUGGAAAGCCUUCCACCAGUAUCUUAUGAUCUGCAGUACUGUACAUGUAAAUCAGCGGUUUCCAGCAUCAUGAUAAAGCAGGGGUGUCUCAAGCUUGGGGAAUGUCAUAAGAUUAGGGGGAAAAAAAACGUAAUUUUAGUUGCAUCAAUUUUUCUUGUAAAAGUCAUCUUAUGAGAAACAAAACAACAAAUAAAGUGGCGAUUUUGGGGAAAUUAGGUUGUGGAAGAAGUUAUGAGAUUGAGGUCCAAUUAUGGGAAUUAAGUCCUAAUUACGAGAACAAAAUUUUCAAGAAGAAGGUUGAAAUAGUUGGAAAAUUAAAAAAAAAACAAAAACAGCUGUGAUUUUAUGAAAAUAAAGCCAAAAUAUUAUGUAGUACUCUUAAUAUGAGGAAAAUUGUCAUGGUUAGUAGCAUACUGUAGAGUUGAAAUAUUAAAGAAAACAAUAUUUGUUAAAGGUCAUAAUGUUAUGAGAAAACUAAUUGUUGGAAAAUUUUGCUUGGGGAAAGUUAUGGAAAUAAAGUCAAAAUGUUAUGAAGAGAAAAUGUAUCAAGAUUGUUGAAGAAGAAAGUUAAAAUAUUUGGAAAAUAAAAAAACUAACUGUAAAAAUGGGGAACAAAGUUCAAAGUUGCCACUAACAGGCUUUUUCUCCUACAUCACAAAGCUGAGAUGCAUUUUUUUUCUUGAAAUAUACGGAACUUCUUAGUAUACGCAUUACAAAAUAUCAAAGUGGCCCUUACAUUUUUCGUUAUGCGGCCAUCGCUGGAAGACGUUUGGACACCCGUGCGAGACAGGCUGAGCAAGUACACAUCGAAAACAAACAUUUCAUUUCAUUUUUCAUUUUUCAGUGAUGUUUUAAACCGUACAGGAUGAAGACCCUCAAAGCCAAUCAUCAGAAAUUGGCAACUGGAUAUGCUUGUGUAUUUCGGGCCGAUCAAUGUUAUUUUCUCUCAACUUCGAAUCAUAAUGUAAAUCUAUCAGGUGAGAGCCAUAGCCUGGCUAACGUGUGGAUUCUUUACAUAAACUUACUAUUUAAAGCUAAAGCUAUAUCACCUCCACUGUUGUCACGUUUCCUAUGAACUAUUAUGUCAAAUGUGAGUCAUUAUCCUCUGCAAACUAGAGUGCUGUUCGAUAUCCGAUGCAGGAGCUACCGUUCUCCAUCCAUGGUUGUACUUGUACUAUAUGUUUGAAGUCUAGAAUGAGGCAUGUUGUGUGUCGGUGUAAAAAAGACGGCUAUUUAAAGAUUAGAUUAUUAAAGACUGAUUACGUUUCCAUUCACGCUGUACAUAUUGCUUUUCUCGCUGUCUUUCCUGUGAAAUGUGUUGUAAAUGUGAUAAAAAAUAAAUAACAUAAUGU